AGAGAGAGAGAGGGGUGUGUGACGUCAUGGCACGGUGCCCCCUCCAUGUUUGAGAAGUUUGAGCCGCUCCGACAAACAGAGAAACUUCCACACACUGAACCCUGUGUCUCCUCGGGACCUGUCAUGGCACCGCGACGCUAUUUCAUGUUUCAUCUAAGGUGGCCUCGCUUCGUUUGUCAUUAUUACUGAGUCAACCCGGUCCUUUUGAACCCGGCACAGAGCGCAGCGGGUCCUGGACUCAUGCCCCCACACUCACGUUAGAAUUAACGGAUAACUAACGUGAAGUUGCCCGGUUCAACGUGACUCCUGGGCUCUUGGUGCGUUUAACUUCCCCCGCAGUCAACUAUUGGGCUCCGUGGUUCCUCGGAGAGUCCCCGCAUCCUCGGCCGGCUCGUCCCGCAUGAACCGCGUCGAAGCAGCGACGAGGGGUCGGGGGCUCCGCCAGCAGAGCCGGGCUUCAGGAUGAAGAUGCCCCGAGGAGGACGCCUGUUCCUGGCGACGUGCCUCGGCUCGCUCCUGGUUCUCGUGCUUUACUUCCAGAGCAUCACCAAGCCAGAACCUGGUGUGAAGACUGUCAGCGGACCAGGGAAAAGCAGGAGAGGUCCACUGCAGACCCUCUACAAUGGGGAGCAGCAGCUGGAGCUGUUGGCAGCUCAGAGGUCCCUCCAAGGCCGCAGGGAGCUGUUGGAGCAGGCGUGUCUGAGCAACAUGAGGAAACGCCGGGUACUCUCGCCCGAGGAUCUCAAACACCUCAUUGUGGAUGAUAAACACAGCCUUAUUUACUGCUACGUCCCCAAGGUAGCCUGCACAAAUUGGAAGCGUGUCCUCAUGGUCCUCACUAGUGACGGUCGCUACACUGACCCCCUUGCCAUCCCUGCCAAUGAGGCGCACGUAGCUGGUAACCUCCGCACGCUGUCUGAGUUCUCAGUCUCUGAGAUUAACCAACGCCUUCGCAGCUACCUCAAGUUCAUCUUCGUGCGAGAGCCCUUCGAGCGAUUGGUGUCCGCUUACCGGAACAAGUUCACACGUCGCUACAACACAGCUUUCCACAAGCGCUACGGAACCAAGAUCAUCCGCCGGCACCGGCCCAACCCAGAGGCAGAAGCACUGGAGAAAGGGAAUAAUGUGUCUUUCCACGAGUUUGUCCAGUAUCUCGUGGACCCUCGAACCCAACGGGAGGAACCCUUGAACGAGCACUGGGAGCGAGUGCACUCGCUCUGCCACCCCUGUCUCAUCCACUAUGAUGUGGUGGGGAAAUACGAGACCCUGGAGCCCGAUGCUCAGGCUGUGCUCAGUUUGACUGGAGUGGAGGGAAUGCUUCAAUUUCCAACAUCUGGUAAGAGCACCAGGACUGAUGGCAACAUGGCUGCAAGCUUCUUUAAGCAAAUCAGUCCUUUCUACCAGAAGAAACUGUUCAACCUGUAUCGCAUGGACUUCCUGCUCUUCAACUACUCCACGCCAGAGUAUCUCAGGACUCGGUGAGUGACAGAGAACAAGUGACGGACGUCAGUGCUAAUGAUGGAUCGGUCGUGAUAGAUUUCCUUUCACAUCUCAUUCACACUUUUUUACCUAAGAUGAUUUUUGCACUUUGCGGGUCCAUCAAAGACACAGACUUGUAACUACUACUCUCCAAGAGAAAAACUGACUGGCUGUGGAGAACUUGAUUUUUUAGUUUUCUAUUUUCUGGUUUUACUGAACUUUGUAAGUGGAACCAAAUUUCUUCCUGGGAAUGAAAAAGACAAUUUGUGCUUUUAUCUACCAAGAAUAUGUCUAAUUUGCUGCCAAGGGUGUAAACUUUAUUGUUUAGAUUUAUAGCAGAGCAGAAUUCAGACAGUGUUCCCAAAAUGUGUUUGAAAAUGCAGGUGACACAUUAACUUCCCACAUCUUCACAAGCAGGCCCUUCCUGUCAGGGCUGUAGGUUCUGAUAGAAUCAGUAUUUAUUUUUUUGCCAUUUCUCGCCUAGAAGUAAUCGAGCAAACCUUUCUCUGACUUUAAUUUUUUUAAAUAUCUGUUACAAGUGGUUGUGGAGUUGGUGUAAUAUGCCCUUACCCUUGCAGCCGUGUCCGCUGCAGGAAAAAAAAAAAAGUUUUCCCAUGGCUUGGUUUUCUGAGCCAUAAAUUCAAGUCCCACCUCAGAGGAGCAGGUUCUCCUCUCACAUGGGUUUACAGGUGAAUGUGCUGACACUGAACGCAGCAGAUCAUUUCAGAGCACCAAGCUUGAAUUACUCUGGAAGGCGUUUAUUUAUGUAUGUCAGAGCAUGAAGUAUUUAUUGUGGGAACGUGUGGAUUUGGGCUCCUGAUUUUGUGAAAAUGAAUUUUAUAUGAAAUGAUGAGAAUUUAUUUUCCUCAGAGUAAACAUUUGCUUGCAUGGAAAGCUACUUGCUGUCUUGGCUUUUGCACAUAAAUUGAUGCCAAAUAGAAAUCUUUCAAGCAACUCUAAACGUAUCACAUGACAGUCUUAUUUUUCUGAUCAAACCAAGCUGGAUAACUACAUCCAGAGUGUCUUGCUUUCAACAGCACUCAUUGACACUAUCUGAUAUUUCUAUCUGUGAGUCAUUUCCAGGGAAAUACAGCCCCCGUUGAGUUUCAGUAAAAACUUGCUGCCAUCCCUCCUCUAUCGCUGUCUGUAUUUAGCUCUGGGAAGGUAGACUGAACAAACAGCUGCAUAGCUGUGGUCGGGGCCGGGUCCAGCCCAGCACAGCUCCUGCUCAGAGCUGCCCUUGUUAGGGUGAAGGCUCUGGCACAUGACGGGUUAAUCCACACAUAGUCAUGUCCACGGCUCUGAACAGCCCCGUUCAGCAACUGAACUGACUUUAUGCUAAUAGCUCAGAGGUGAAUGGAGGAAGAUGUAUGUUAAUGACCUGCACUGCAGGAAUAUCAGUCUGAACAAACAGCUGCAUACAGUGUGAAUGUUUAAAGGGAAGCUUCAACAAUUUUACACAUCAAUGUGUGUUGAUAGUGGUGUGAUACAGAGUGUAAAGCCUAUUGUCACUCAAGGCCACGUUAGCCAAAGGCAGCAUAACGUUCCUGAAUCUCGGAUUAAACUGUCAAUGGUUGAGUUGCAUUGUGAGUAAUGCAGGUUUUUACAAGGAAGAAGAAUGUAUAGAAUAAAAAAGAUGGUAUCUCUUGUUCUGCUG